AACAAGCCGGAGACCCGCCUUUUCCCUCCGGCUCGGGAGCGUCUCGCUCGGGUCCCGAGCCCGCCGCGCUCGCGCGGCUGCGAGCCUCGGGUGGCCGCGCGCCGGCUCCAGGAAGCCGGGGAGGGCGCGGCGGCCGGGAUGGCGCGGCGCGGGCCGCGCGGCUAGACGGGCGCGGAAGGAGCCGCCGGCCCGCGCCCUCCAUUCUCUUCCUCCCGGAGCCGGCGCCGCGCGGGCCGGGAGCGGCCGUGCGGCGGGGAGCCGCCUUCCUUGACGCCGGGCACCUGGACGCUCGCGAGAUGCCCAACCCCAAAAGCAGCAAAGGCGGCCGCAAAAACAAGCGCGCCAACAGCAGCGGGGACGAGCAGGAAAAUGGAGGGACUGGCGCCGCCAACGCCGCGGCCGCCUCGGGGGCUGCUGCCGCGGGCGACGCCAAGAACGAAGCCCCUUGUGCCACGCCCCUGAUCUGCAGCUUUGGCAGGCCGGUGGACCUGGACAAGGACGACUACCAGAAGGUGGUGUGCAACAACGAGCACUGCCCCUCCAGCACCUGGAUGCACCUGCAGUGUUUCUACGAGUGGGAGAGCAGCAUCCUCGUCCAGUUCAACUGCAUCGGCCGGGCCCGCAGCUGGAACGAGAAGCAGUGCCGCCAAAACAUGUGGACAAAGAAGGGCUACGACCUGGCCUUCCGCUUCUGCUCCUGCCGCUGCGGGCAGGGCCACUUAAAGAAGGACACAGACUGGUACCAGGUGAAGCGGAUGCAGGAUGAGAAAAAGAAGAAGUCCGGGUCGGAGAAGAACACAGGGAGGCCCCCCGGCGAAGCAGGGGAGGAAGCAAAAAAGUGCAGGCCACCGAACAAGCCCCAGAAAGGCCUGAGCCACGACCUCCCGCGGCGGCACUCCAUGGACCGGCAGAACUCCCAGGAGAAGGCAGUCGGCGCCGCAGCCUACGGGGCCCGCUCUCCCUGCGGCUCCCCUGGCCAGUCCCCGCCCACCGGCUACUCCAUCCUCUCCCCUGCCCACUUCAGCGGCCCCCGCUCCUCCAGGUACCUCGGGGAAUUCUUGAAGAAUGCCAUCCAUCUGGAGCCUCACAAGAAGGCCAUGGCCGGGGGCCACGUGUUCCGAAACACCCACUUCGAGUAUAGUCCGGCUGGGUUAUCCGUGCACAGGGGGGGCCACUUCGACGCGCCCGUGCAGUUCCUGCGGCGGCUGGACUUGUCCGAACUGCUCACUCACAUCCCCCGGCAUAAGUUGAACACUUUCCACGUGCGGAUGGAAGACGAUGCCCAGAUGGGCCAGGGCGAGGAUCUGCGCAAGUUCAUUCUCGCGGCCCUCAGCGCCAGCCACAGGAAUGUCGUCAACUGUGCUCUGUGCCACCGGGCGCUCCCGGUGUUCGAACAGUUCCCGCUGGUGGACGGAACUCUGUUCUUGAGCCCGUCGAGACACGAUGAGAUCGAAUAUGAUGUUCCGUGUCAUCUUCAAGGGAGACUCAUGCACCUGUACGCGGUGUGCGUGGACUGCCUGGAAGGGGUUCACAAGAUCAUCUGCAUCAAGUGUAAGUCGCGGUGGGACGGCAGCUGGCACCAGCUGGGCACCAUGUACACCUACGACAUCCUGGCCGCCUCUCCGUGCUGUCAGGCCCGCCUGAACUGUAAGCACUGCGGGAAGCCUGUGAUAGACGUACGGAUCGGGAUGCAGUACUUCUCCGAGUACAGCAAUGUCCAGCAGUGUCCGCACUGUGGGAACCUGGACUACCAUUUCGUGAAGCCAUUUUCCUCCUUCAAAGUUCUCGAAGCUUAUUGAUGAAAGCUUUGCUUUAGUAGUAGCUAUUUUAUUGACAUUACUUCUUUAUUACAUAUCUUUUAUAGGGAGACAUUCUGUGACAUUACUUUCUUUUCUAAUUUAAAGGAGAGUUCCUUUGUGUACAUGUGCCACUGACGUGGGGUUGGCCCCUUGCCCUCUCUUGACUCCUCAGUGUUAGUCUGUGGUCACGACCGGAGCCCAUACGGAUAAUCCUGUGAGUCUGGGCUAGCGGUUCACCAUCACUAAGCGUCUCUCAUGCAGCUUUGAAGGUGGUGGGGAGGAUAGGGUGAAAUUAGCAAAGGGAUUAUGUGGUUAUAAACUAAAAGCAUGGUAGGUGUUGGAAGGAAACUCCUGUUUCGAUCUUGUUAACCGUCUCAAGACCCACUUCUUAGAUCUUCCCGGGGCCUUGGGAAAAACACGUGACGUGUGAACGUGAGUCUGUGCCUGGGGAGCUGAUAGUGGAUUAGUCUGUCUUGGUUUAGUGUUCUGCACUGCGCACUGACCUGCACAUUAUUUGCAAGUAGACCCGAGUGCUGUUUCUGUCACUGUUGUGACUUAGCAGUCGUCCUCCUGAAAAUUAUAUCCGAAUUAUAAGACCUGUGAAAACUAAUGGUGUUGCAAAUAUUUGUGGGUAAGUGACCUGUCACAGAGAAUAUGCUAAGUGAAUUUGGAAGUGAUACACAGUGACUCUAGGGAGGGGGCAAGAUCAGGCAGAAAGAACCCUGUCAUUUGAAUUGUGUCUUUGAGGUUGGUCAGAUGAGCCCUGAAGGAGAAUCCAUGAAUAACAUGAUUUGGGUGGGUGUCGAUUUAUGUAGGUUGCACUGUCGAGGUGUCAUCUGAUGUCAGAUCCUUCUUAGGGGUAAUCUCGCAGCCGUGGACCCUAACUGGUGAAUUUCAGAGCCACCGUUACCAUGCCUUACCUUCCACAAAACUGUUAUGGCCACAUUUUACCCAUUUAAUGCUGAGUUUCCCAAAUCAUAGGUUUGACCCUAGGAAGGAAAGGAAAAAAUUGCUUUUGAGGAUAUGAGGAAAAGAAUUUUAAUAUUUCUUUUUAAAUGUGUUUCAUUUUUCAAAACAUUACCUGUUGUAAUGUGUAACAGUAUGUUUGAGAAGAGAUCAUUCUGAAGCUCUCCGUGAUACUUCACCGUUAGUGAAAAAAGAACGUAAUUUGUGUAACUCGAUUAUCAGAGCAUUGGGCUUUCCAAAAUAUGGACGUGUGUUAAUGAGAGCUUGAUUAAAUAGACGGGCACCUCAUACCCGUAUAGAAUUGUAAUUGGAAUAUGAUCCCUCAAAAAUGGAUUUGAUAAUUUCAAGUAUUACACGUGUAGGCUAAUAGAAUGCUGAAAAUACAGUCGUUUCAUGGGUAGCCAAAUUUGGGGUUAUGUGAGCAUUUUGUGUUAUUCAUUUGGUUUAUACCUUUUUUUUUUUUUCCCCUUCAGAAAGACAGCUGUUUUUCCUCUCAGAAGCAUUUAGCUAUUAUUGCAAGCAAGUCUCCAUUCUAUUGUAUGAAAUAUUUGAUGUUUUGUUUGAGAUAACAACAUUAAAGAACCAGCAUAUCGACUAAUAUUCUUAUCUUUCAGUUUGGAUGAUUGUAAUUGGGUUUACUGCAUCUGGUUUGGUGUUUGAUGAUCUGAAAAAUGUUUCACAGUAGGGGAAAUGCUCAAUGCCUUUAAGAAGUGGCAAAUCGAUAUUGGUCUGACAGUAUUUGAUGCGACUUAAAAGGUCUAUAGGACAUAGCCCUUGCAAAUUUGUCUUUAAUACACAAAGCUGUAAUUGUGAAUUAACUGGUUCCCCAUUGAUUCUCUCGUAUACCCAAGUAUAAAAAUUGGUUUCUCUUAUCCUAAGAGUAGCAUUUGGAUUUCAGUUCUGAACUUAAAACAUAUAGUAAAAUAAAUGUCUGUAAUGCUGUUUUUUAAUCCACCUAAAAUUUUGUAGAGAAACCUGCUUAUAUUGUUGUUCUGGAUCUUAAAAUUGACACAUUCACACAUUCACAAGCUCCUAGUAGUCUAAAACUACCGUGAGUGUAGUGUCUGAUGCAUUCAGUAUUUUCUCCUUACAUUUGUUUUCUACUCUCUGAAAAGUAAGAUGAGGAGUUUUCCCUGUAAUUGGAUAAAAUUUGCUUUUGGCCUUUAUUUGGAUGACAAAGUUAGGAUUCUGUGGAUGCUGCAGUUAUGUUAAAGGUCAAGGCACAGGUAUCAUCUGAGAGUAUCUUUUGCCUUUAAGGCAUCACGUUCUCCUCUGGAGUAGAGAAUCUGGCUUAUUUGAGAAUAAAAUAUAAUCGAGUAUGCAACAAUGUGGAGAAUAAAUCUUACUUUGGAAAUCUGCUGACCUUGGUAUUUUUGCCACACUUUGUCAGAGUACUCUGGUCUGGUGGAAAUUGGAAUAGGUCAAAAAUGACCAUUUUUGUUGUGGUUCGGAUAUUAAAGGACGUUAGUCACACCAGAGAUCCAUUUUCUUUUUUUCUGAUAAGUAGUGUUCAAUAAAAUGAACCACUUGUAAGUGAUUAGUGAUUUCAAAGUGAGUUUUCAUCUGUUCUAACUCUUUUUUAUUAUUCAUUUAGUUUUAAGCGUUCUGUACCUGGAACAAAUAAAAUGUUACCUGCUUCAUUCUAGUGAGAAACUCUUUCUGAUGGUUUUAUUACUUCCUCUUCAGGCUGACUCAGUUCUCCACUCUCUUCUGGUUGCAUCUGAAGCAAGUGAUAGAUAUACUGAGUUUAUCAGCUGCUUGAUGAAAAGAUAGACAUUGGCCAUGAAAUUGUGGAGUGGGAUGAAUUAUUCCACUCUAAGAAAGAGCUCUCCCCGGUCUUUACUUUCCAGUUUUUGCAAAAGAAGCUUAUUUUCAGAAUAAAAAGUAUUUUCGUAUCUGUUUGGGGGGAGAUGACCUCAUCAGGAAAGAAUAUUAUUCGGUGUUGAAAUACUAAAACUAACGGAUAGGCUGACAUGUAACUUCUCAGACCGUGAGACCUAACUUGCUGCAGUCUUCUGUUUUGUCCUGUAAGACUGACGCUUAAUGUACAGUCUGUUGUGCUGUGCCCGGAUCAGGACCUCCACUCAGCUCUCCUCUUUGGUCUCCUGGUCGCAGCUCUUGAGCAGUUUUAGUUGGAGGUUUGGGGAGGACUUGAGGAAUAAGUGCUCCUGUUCAGUGUUUUCGUUCCUUUAAUAGGAUGCUGCCUAACCCAGCUCAUCUCUGUGUCCUGUUGACUUUGUUAUUAUUCCAGGUAAUGGAAAGAAAAAAUAACGGAUGGGCGUCAUUAAAGCCAGCUCACAAAUAUAUUCUUGUCAGUAAACAUUUCUUGUCAAGAUGUCUUGGAUUGCACUUUUGUUGGGGGAAGAAAGUGUAAAUAGUUAAAGAAUGUUGAUAAACCUGAAACAUUUGGUUAUGGAAUUGUGUGUGGUGUUUGAAGGUUUCUGUUUGUGACAUGUAUGUAUUAAAAAUAAUAAAAUUUCAGAAACUAACAUUGUAUCUCUCUUCGGUGUGUCACUUUAUUUGGGAUUCAAGGUUUUUGAGCUUGGGGUUGUUUGAUCAGAAGAGAUCAUAGGGAAGACCUGGGAUUUUGAUCACUGCUCAGGUGGCCAUCCCACAAUCACUGUUGCGGCUGAUGAAAACUUCAAACUUAGAAAGCUGUGUGAUGGCAGUGUGUCGCAUGUAGCUGACCUCUACAGUAAAAUCACAAGGUUGGUUCCGUAUGGAUAGUCCACAGUUCUUGUUCUGGUUAGAGGGAAUUCUACUGAAUAGGUAGAUAAUCUUAUUCUGCAUAUUUUUCUUUGGUUCCCAGGCCUAUACCAAUUUUCAUAAUGAAAAGACUUGGUCAUGUGCUUCUUUAUUGUAAAGAAAUGAAAACUGAGUCGUAAUUAAACUUCUUGCUCAGUUUAUGCACUGUGGUCAGGUAUCUUUUAUCUUUUCAAUCUCAUUGCCCCUUUCAUUUCACAUAUUCUCAGCCAAUGGGUUGGAAUCCUCAAAAACAUUAGAACACAGGAUAAGAUGUGGAAAUGUGGGUGAGGAAACUGUGUCCAGUCUGCCGGUGGAUUCAAAGGCCUGUCUUACCAUUUAUUUACUACAGACAUCAUAGGCAUAAAUUUUACAUAAGGGCCCAAGGCCCAAGGAUAUUGUGGUUUCUACUGGUGUAAUUUAUGUCAACAAAAUUCCUUAGCAAUUGUAAGAAAAAUACGGUUCUCACCGUGGUAGAAACAGCUAAACAGUGACUGAUUAGAAUUAAGGUUAAUGGAAGAAGAAUCUUGUUUGUAGUGGUUGCCAUUUCUUUAAAUCUUAUAUUGUUUUUACUUAAUUUUAGCAAUCAGAUUGCUAAUUAUUCAGGCUGUUUCUCUAGUAAAGCAUUAAAUUUUGGAAGAAUAAAAAGCUGUUUGGAGCUUGUGUUCUUUUCAUGUUAACUGACCAUAGUUGGGAUAAAUCUUAUUUGAUGAAUACAAAAUACCUUUGAAGAUAGUUCUGGCAUUGCUAAGCCUCAGGGACAGCAAAAGGAAGAUUAACAAAGCACUUUGUUUUAUGGAAUUCAGUAGAACAACACUCUUUACAUUUGUUGGUGCUCAACAAAUGGAAUCGGCCACCAUUGCACCAUUUCCUGGUGAUAGAUACCAUAGCCAAGAGGUUCUGAUACACUUGAUUGAAAAUUUAGAUCAUAUCUUAAAGUCACAUUUAGAGCCAGCUAGUCACAUUUCUCAUAAACCCAAAAGUGAAAACGCACAGCUAUAAAAGUCUAAAAUUUAGAGAUGCCAGAAUUUGAAGCAAAGGCUGUAUUUUUGAUUGUAUUCUCAAUAGUGUAUGUUUGUUAAGUUGCAUUGACUGUUGUACUCAUUUUAGAGAGAAACGGAGACCCAGAGAAUUUACAUCUAUAUAAUAAGUUCACAUAGUCAGUGGCCGAGAAUAUUAAGUCUGGGUUUCCUCUCCCUGGUCUUCCAAAUGAGAUCAAUGGGUGGGUACUUUGUUUCCAGGUGAGAGAGAACUUUGGGUUUGUUUUCACAAGGCAGUAGAUUUAAAAUGUAUAGUAGCCCUCACUUUGGCUGCACAGGUGCUAAAAUGGGAGUAAUUCUGGAAGGUUUCACUGGGCCCUUGUAUAAGGGUGACAAGCAUGUUUGAAAUCACCCCCUAUUUUUAGAAAGAAGAAAAAAACCAAACAAACACUUUUAUAAGAGGGAAGAAUAAUAUGUGAAAUCAGCAAUUGUGUUUGCCUCAUUUUUCAUGCAUGAAUUUGUUGACCUCUGUUCCCUUUUGUAAGAGCAUUGCUUGAGAGUGUAAGGUAACAUUUUAACAGCCUGCACUUGGAGUCUAUCAUUUUAUUCACGUUGGGAUCUGACUUUGAGUUGUGUUUUGAUUCAAAUAUGUCCAGCUGUCAGAUUUGAUAGCAUUGGUCUCUGCAGUUUGGGUACGGUUUUCCUUUUUGACUAACUUUUCAAACAGUUGCUCUUGGUAUGUUUCAUUUUCAGUUGCUCACUAUUUUGUCCGAAGCUCUGAUAUCUGGGAGUUCUUAAGUUGCUAAACCUGAGCACUGUACUGGUAUCCCACACAGCCUUGGGGAGGAAAAUGCUGGUUACAUGUUUCUUUUAGAGACUUAAGAUGUUUCACGGUACAGGGGCUAUCUCUUGAGCUAAUAAUUAGUGGUAUUCCAAAUUAUUGCACAACCAUGGGUUGGCAGUCAGUGCCUUAUACUUGUUGUUUUUAUCCCAUUAACAAAUCACACAUUUUUCUGAAGCUCUGUUGACCCAGCAUGUGGUUGAUGAAAAAAGUAAAGCUGAGGUGAAGCCCCUAGGCUAGGGUUUGUCUGAGGCUCUAGAAGCCCAUGGCUCUAAGAAGAGAGUGGUUUGGGCAGGGAGCAAAAUGGUGGCAGUCCUGGGGGCUACUGUGAAUAUUUCAAAAAGCUUAAUGGAGUUGUAACAUUGCCCACCGUGACACUGCACAGGAUAUCUAAAAGGUCAAUUUAUUUUUGGCAGGAGUUUUGGCAACCUUGGCUAUCUCGUGCUCAGAAACACUGGCAGUAGCCUAUGUCUCAGAUGAAUAAUAUAUGAGAGCACAAAUGAAUUAUUAUCUAAUAAGUGCUGUUUACCUCAUAGACAUAACCUUUCAGAGCAGGAUACGGUCAUGUUAGGUGGGGGGUGGUCUUUGGCGAUGGCAGAGUUGGGAAAAUGCCAUUUUUUAGAAGUGUCUACACUUUUUUUUUUUCUUUAAUUUUUUUAAACAUUCAUUCUCAAGAGACUGAGAAUUAGCAGGGGAGGGGCAGAGAGAGAGGGAGAACACAGAAUCCGAAGCAGGCUCCAGGCUCUGAGCUGUCAGCACAGAGCCCUACGUGGGGCUUGAACCCACAAACUCUGAGAUCAUGACCUGAGCCGAAGUCGGACACCCAACCGACUGAGCCACCCAGGUGCCCCAAGUUGAACUUUCUUAAAAUUAAGGCUUCUCAAAGAUAUUAGGAGAAUGAAGAUGAGCUACAGACUAGAAGAAAAGGACUUGCAUCCAGAAUCUAUGAAGAACUCCCAAAAUGUAGUAAAAAAAAAAAAAAAAAAAAAAGAAUGAAGUUAUUAAAAUGAGCAAGUCAGUGAUGAUCCCAUUUAAUUCUUUAAAACAGGAGCAUUUAUACCAGAUGCCUUUGAUCCCUGGUGUUUAAUGGCUGUGACUAUGUCACUAAAAUUUGUCUUUCUCAUGACAAGGUUGGCUUGCUAAAUGCUAUUUAAUUCAGCAUUUAUUGAGCACACACUGUUUAUUGAGCACGCACUAUGUGCACAUGCUUUUUUGCUAAAAAAAAUGUGACUAUUCAGAAGGCUGAUCUUCAGUAGCUGUGAAAAUCUUUUAAAGACUUCAAUAAGAGUCUUUAAAAGUCUUUUAAAGACUUUCAAUAAGAGAUGACACUUUUGAAGUGUCAUCCUGUGAGAGGUGACAAGCUCCUUGAGGUUAUGUACACCUAAGAUCGUUCUUGCUGAGAAUUGCUAUGUUCAUUGGUGAUCUCCCCUAACACUGAAAUGAAUGUUUAAGUGUAGAUCCUUUUUAAGAGAACUAAUAGAAUUUCUUAACAAAGCAUUUGGCUUACAAGGUUUGCUUUUUUAGAUUAUGAUUUUUAUUAGUCCGAAAAAAGUCGAAAGAAAUUUCACGCCGGGCAUAUCUCAUUUACAUUUUUGUCAGGUUUAUUAAUGCAUAUGUAGCACGUUGUGUGCGGAGAAGCAAGAGCUUUUGGAAGAACUGUGUUGAAAUCUCAAUUAUUUUCCAGAUGUCUUUAAUCUGGUGUCUGUGUAGGCAGGAUAUGGGCUGUGAUUCUUAUUCUUUUGAAAUUGGGACUUUAACAUUAAGCAUUUCUGUGAUGCGUAGUGUAGGAAGUACUAAUGUUUUAUUAUAGCUUUUGGGGAUACAAACAUUACAGAAGAGGUAACAGGCAUUUUCUGUUGCUGUUGCUAAAAACUUAAUGAUUUCCCUUUAUUUUUUAAAAAAAAAUCUUUUUUUAAGUUUAUUUAUUUAUUGGGUGGGGGGGAAAGGGGGAGAAGAGAGAAUCCCAAGCAGGCUCCUCAUUGUCUGUGCAGAGCCUGAGGUGGGGCUCAAACCCAAGAACGGCGGGAUCACGACCUGAGCCAAAGGCAGACGCUCAACUAGCUGAGCUACCCAGGUGCCCCACUUUAUGAUUUCGCUUAAAGCCGAUACGCAUAUUUGGAUUUGCCUUCGUUGACCGUUUUAAGAAAAUACCUGUAGCAAAUUAUCUAAGCGAUGUGAGAAAGCUUAUUCAAAAUUGCUGUUUUAAAGUUCGAAAGAUGAUUUUACCUAAAAAGAAAAAUGUUUAAAAUAGUCAAGUUGAGGGGCGCCUGGGUGGCUCAGUCGGUUAAGCGUCCGACUUCGGCUCAGGUCACGAUCUCGCGGUCCGUGAGUUCGAGCCCCGCGUCGGGCUCUGGGCUGACGGCUCAGAGCCUGGAGCCUGCCUCCGAUUCUGUGUCUCCCUCUCUCUCUGCCCCUCCCCCGUUCAUGCUCCGUCUCUCUCUGUCUCAAAAAGUAAAUAAACGUUAAAAAAAAAAAUUAAAAUAGUCAAGUUGAAGGUUUUUGUUAUUAGAACUCUAUUUUGAGGUUGGAGCAAGUACUUUGGCACUUUUAGUUUUCUUGGUUUACACGUCAUUUCAGUUAACAAGAUGCUAAAUAGGAGUCUGAAGAUUUCAAAAUUUAUCAUGACACCCAAAAGAAAGGAAACCAGAAAGUUGUCGAAGUAAAUGGAGUUCCUGGCUUGUGGAGAUGUACUCAUUUGGAAUAUAACUGACUGAGCCACCCAGGCACCCCUCCAGGUCAGAGGUGCUUCUUAUGUGGGUCAGGGAAGAAAGCUUUCAACUCUUCAAAGGCAAUACUGCCUCGGCAGGUGUGUGGUGGGGAGGGCAGAGCCAGAUGAAAACAGAGCUUUGUUGGACUGCAAUGUUAGCAUUUAGCAAGGAUGAUCUUGUUGGCAAGAAAUUGCUCAGAUGUGGGGUACGGAGAACUUGCCAGGCUCUUGUACUGUCGAAACUGUAUGAUGGAAUUACGCUUUCCUUAAGGGCAGGGAUUAUUUUUUUGACAUUUUGUAUUCCUAAUGCCCGGUACAGGGCCUUCCCCGUUACCUCUCUGUUAAAUGUUGAGCGAAUGUG